AAAAAAAAAAAAAAAAAAUCAAGUGCCGCGAACUUAGGUUGGGAACCCUUGACCAGCUAUCUCCGUUUGCGGUGCCGUGGUUUCAUCGGUUCAGUCGAGGGCAGAUCCACCUCGGGGCUCCAGCCAACUAUCAAGGAGAGAAAACGAUGACUCUAUUUGCUGAGCACCUUUCAGGCCCAGACCUCAGAUAGAAGCCUCUCAUUCCAGAACCCCAUUCCCCACAUUCUUCGUGGUAGUAGUGACCUUCUCAGGAGCUUCAUCCUGGCUCAGUGGGAUAUUUGUUAGAGGGAGAUGGUGUGUAGCGUAUCUCCCUAGUUUGAAUCACUUUGAAUCUAAGGCCAAUAUGGAUGACGGCAUCGUGGAAUAGUUCUGAGUACACAAGACCUGCGCGUCAUGGCAGGUGCAAAUCCAUUGUUCCCGUGGCUGUAUAUUUACCAUUACCUUGCCAUCGAUCACUCUUCUGAAUCCUUAUAAGUCCCUGUCUAACUUAAAGGGGGAUCACCAUUGAUUCCAGUACUUGUGCGGCUGUAACUGUUUUGAACAUCUCUUUGAUACCCACGUUUGGAGGCCAUCCUGGCUCUCAAAAUUUGCAGGAAUGGCGGUCGAUAAGUUACAGCCGGGCAAGCAGCACACCCGACAUGAUCAUCUUCCUAUGAACCCUGCGCUGGCCGCCCCUUUGUACACUUUGGGUGGUGUUCUUAUUAUCCUUUUCCUCAGCCGUACUCUUAUUAGACUACGGCAUCAUCGACGUCUGCGUAAAAUCCUUCAAAAGGGUGACCAGCAAAAAUUCGCCCAAAGCAAUGCCAUUUCGGCCAGACUCAACAAACAUGUCUUCUACGCACCGCUAUUCUCCGUCCGCCACAGUCGCGAGUUACGCCUUCUCGACAGGGUCCAUAUGGGGAUAAUCCCGUUGCGGCUCGAGGCUAUCCUGUUGGUCGGGUAUUCCCUGUUGAACAUAGCAUUUUUCUUUGCACUCACCGACUGGUGGCUGGGGUACGGAGAGACAACGUAUCAGAUCAAAUACGCCGCUGGCCAUCUGUGUGCGAUGAACCUGCCCAUGCUAGUCCUCACGGCUGGUCGCAACAACCCCCUGAUCCCGCUGCUAGGAUUGCAGUUUGACACAUUCAACCUCAUGCAUCGUUGGAUUGGACGUCUUAUCAUCGGUGAAGCAGUGAUCCAUAUGGCUUGUGCGGUAGCGGGGCUAGCCAAAGAGAUGAGCAUAUCCAAAACAACCCAUCUUCUCUGGAACGUCCCGUUCUUUAUAACUGGAUUUGUUGCUUUAAUCGCGUUCCUGGUGAUCCUCAUCCAAUCGGUCUCGCCGUUGAGGCACUCUUUUUACGAAGUCUUUCUCCACUUUCAUAUCCUUCUAGCAAUAACAUCCUUUGUGGGGCUAUGGUAUCAUCUCCGUGGCUUGACUUUGCAACAUGUUCUGCUGGCAACGCUUAUUCUAUGGGGUCUCGAUAGAGUCACAAGAUUGUCGAGUAUAAUCUGGCGCAACUUUGGCAAACAGCGCACCACGGCAACCGUGGAGCUUCUUCCGGGAGAUGUAGCUCGCGUUGAUGUAGCCAUGGCGCGGACCUGGACAUUCAAAGCCGGACAAUACAUGUAUCUGUAUAUGCCAUCCCUUGGUCUAUGGACAUCUCAUCCAUUCUCUGUCGCUUGGACCUCAUCCGGCCGCACGAGCUUGACUGAAAAGCGCGGUUCCUGUGACUCACUUAGUGUAUCGCUGGGAGGGCCACAGCGGUCGGUCAUGUCCUUCCUCAUCAAGCGCCGCGACGGGUUUACACAUAAGCUUCUCGAGAAAGUCAAGAACUCGGUGGACGGGAAUUUCACCGCAUCCGCGCUGGUCGAGGGGCCAUUUGGCGGUCUCCAUUCCCUAGCUUCCUACGGGACAGUCCUCUUAGUUGCGGGCGGUAUUGGGAUCACGCACCCAAUGUCCUAUAUCUAUGAAUUCAUGACCGGGUUUGCGGACAAAUCCACCGCUGUGCGGAAGGUCACCUUAGUUUGGGUGAUCCGCAGUAUUGACCAUCUGGAAUGGAUCCAGCCGUGGAUAACCAGUCUCCUAAACCACCCAGCGCUCCAAGUUUCGAAAGAGCAGCAACGGUACACCUACUUCCAGUUCCCUGAAUUCUCACUGUCGAUUCAAAUCUACCUGACUUCGCGGGAAUCUACGGACGAUUACUGUGUAGGCGAGAGCCCCUGGACGAAUUCCGCCCCGCCCAGCGUACCCAUCAGCGUCGUCUUUGGCAAGCCAGCCUUCGACCAGAUUGUAGAAGCUGAGAAGGCACAGCAAGUGGGCGCGAUGGCUGUGAGCGUUUGCGGACCGGGUGGUAUGAGCGACGAUGUCCGCAAAUGUGUUCGGGAUAACCAGGGGGCGCAAGCCAUUGAUUUAUACGAGGCGUCAUUUUGCUGGUAGAUUGGUUCAUUCUUGUUAUAUUGCUGAGCUUGCUCGUCGAUUCACUAUCCUGGUUUGAUACUAGAUUAUACACCUAGCUUAUACUUCGCUUAUACCUUUAUUGAAUGAAAUGAAUAUUGCUG